AUGGGAGCGGUCGAGUCCAUUCUAGUCGUCUCGGAUUCCGACGAGGAGGGCGACGAGGGGCAACAGGGUAACCAGCAACGGCGACGAGAGCGACAGCGUCGCAAGGCGCUGGGGGGGGAUGCAGCCUCCGCGGAAAUAACGAGUCUAGAGCGUCAGGCGGAGCAGCAACGGCGGAAGAACCACGCGGAAGGAGCGGGUGACGGCAAGCGGGGCGGUCCUCCAGGCGGAAACAGCCUUGCGAGAAGUUAUAGCGUUGACUCGGUUGACUCCGUUGACUCGCUUGACCGCGACGAAUCUAUCUGCUCGCCCCGCUCCGUUGACUCCCUUGACCUUGCCUCCCCUCGUUCCGUUGAGUCGGCGGAACCGUACGAUUCUGCUAAUCUGCCCGUCUCCGCGCAUCCUGGUACGCGCAAGUCCAAGGCGCACCACAGGCGGAGGGGCUCGCGCGGAUCGUCGCGCCUCAGCAAGUCCGAUUCCGCCACUUACGCCGACGGGCGCGUCGCUCCCGACGCUGACGUGGGACCCGCGACGAGCGGGAAUGGACACGUCAGCGCUGCAGCGCUGGCAGCCGCGCACGCCAAGUCAGCUGGAGAAUUAUCAUUGGGAGAAGACGGAGCGUUGCGAGAAAGAAGGAGCAUGGGGGCGGGAAUGGGCAUGGGGGGGCUUGGGGAACCAGGCGGAGGGAUGGGGAGGGGAAGGGGGAUGUUAUCGGGAGGCGGAGCACCAUUACCUCCUGUGAAACUACCUGCGCCUGGUGGCGGACGCGUGAGUAUAGGGGGAAGGAGUGGAGGAGGCGGGGGGAAUGAGGUCGGGGGAAGCGUUGGCGCAGGCGUGGGGGCACAUUGGGUUGUCCUGGGCAGCAAAGAAAUUACCGAAGCUGCUUCCAUGGCUCCAUUCCAAACCUUCGCCGCUGCUAUGGCGGUUGCCGAGCCUUCGGCCGAGGCUGCUGCCGAAGCUGCAGCCUCGUUGCAGCCAGGGUCCCCUGUGAGGCUGCAGCGUGUGCUCGCUGCUGUGUCACGAGCGCUAGACAGAGCCAGUGAGGAGGCAGCAGCAGGGAGGGAGGGUGGUGCAGGGGUACAGGUGAGUGAUGCUGAGGCGAGUCAAAAAGAGGGAGAGGUGAAUGUUGUGGCGACUGAUAAGUCGCCUCGAGUGCUGGUUCCCGCGUCAGCUGCGCUAGACAGUGAGAGUGUGGCGGCAGCAGAGAAUGGGGGCUUCGUGGAGGGAGAAGCUGCAGCAGGGAAAGAGGUCUCUGCGGCGGUAGAACCAGCAGGAGGGAUAGAUGAACGUGCAACGAAAGGAGCAGUUGCAGGGAAAGGGGUUGCUGCAGAGAGCGCAGCGGAUGCAGGAGCAGCAGGGGUGGUGGCAACCGGGGUAGCAGCACAGGUGGCAACAGUAGUGGUCGCAGAGGGGCCAGAUGGCAUAAUGGGGUUGGGUGAAGCAGGUGCGGAAGAGGAGGAUGAGGAUGAGGAUGAGGAUGAGGGUGAGGGUGAGGGUGAGGGUGAGGGUGAUGGUGAGGGUGAUGGUUCUGCUGUGGGCGGGCAAGAAGCACGCGCAGAGGCAACUUGUGAGAGGCCUCAAACAGGCGAUGGUACCCAUGCAGAGGCGGGUAUGGGGGAGGAGGAGUCAUUACCAGUGCAGGGCGGCGGGCUGGCAGGGAACGCGGGUGAGGCGGGUGGGAGGGGUGAGGGGGGUGAUGGCAGUGCUGUGGGUGGGCGAGACGCACAUGCCGAGGGGUGUGGGGGGGAGCAGCUAGCAUUAGCAGUGCAGGGCGGCGGGCUGGCAGGGAACGCGGGUGAGGCGGGUGGGAGGGGUGUGGUUGCGGGAGAUGCGGGUGACAGGGGCGAGGAGAGUGAGGAGGGUGAAGGGGAUGAGGGGGGUGCGGGUGAGUUGAGUGAGGGACAUGAGGUGGUUGGAAUCGAAGGAUCGGCUGAUUUUUCUGGGGAGGGCGUUAAGGGGAGCGGUGCAGCUAUUGGUGUGGAGGAGGGCGGGUGGGAGUCUGACAGUGAGUUUGGCACCCCGGAGCUACUCUCCCCCACUGGCAGCGUGAGCAGGGGCAGCGCUGACAGGGAAAACGUUGGUGGUAGCAGCAGCAUGGGUAGUGGAGCUUUGAAUCGCGAAGAUAUAGAAAGUGGCAGCAUGGGUAGUGGCAGCAUGGGUAGUGGCAGCAGUGCCACAUGUCCACCUGCUGCCUCAUCUCUUAGUAACGCCGCUGCUAGCAGCAGCGGCAUCAGCAUCGAGUUCCACAUCAUCAGGCACGGGGAGUCAACCCAGUCACCUGCCCUCGUAGCCGGUCGCUCCCCAGCGGCCCUUCUAACCCCGAAUGGGUGCCAGCAAGCUGUGGCUCUGGGCACCUUUCUGCGUCGCUACCUGCGGGUCCAGUGGGACGAGGUGUUCUGCUCGCCCAUCCCGCGCGCCACACACACUGCCCACCUCGUGUGCCAGGAGCUGGGCUUUCCGACCAACCGCAUACAGGAAGCAUGUGAACUGCAGGAGAUGAGUGCGGGCCACUGGGAAGGAAAGCCCCGCGCAGAAUUUUUUUCUUCCGACGCUGCCCUGGCGUGGAUGACCGCCUCUCAGCCCGACUUUUGCUACCCGGGUGGCGAAUCCCAGCGCCAGGUGGAGUAUCGAAUGGUGAGCUUCUUGAAUCGAGUCGCCACAAACCACGCCGCCCGACUCAUGGCAGCCAAGGCCAGUGAUUCAGCUGAAGAGGAAAGCAGCAAGGGUAUGGCUAAGUGCCGCAUUGGCAUAUUCUCGCAUUGCACGGCCAUCAAAUGCCUGUUACGGGGUUUGAUGGGGUCGAGCCCUCACAUGACCCACAAGAUGGAAGUUGAUCACACUUCAGUGAGUACGGUGGCUUUCUCACCAGCAACGGGUUGGAGGCUAGUGCGCGUGAAUGAUGUUUCUCACUUGCUCCUAGAGCAGGGGCCUAUAGCCCCUUAA